UACCUAACACCAUAUACGCUUAUAAAUGCUCAUAAAAUAUUCAUGAACAAAAAAUGGAAAGCAAGACCUGCUGUGAAAACGAAGGGGCAUGGUCUUCUCAGGAAGAGGGUAUCCUUAUCAACUACGUUCAAGUCCAUGGAGAAGGAAAUUGGGGUGACCUUCCCUUAAGAGCUGGCUUGAAACGAUGUGGUGAGAGUUGCAAACACCGAUGGUUGAACUAUCUCAAGCCUAGAGGAAGAAACAUUUCUUUGGAUGAACAAGAGCUCAUAAUCAGACUGCAUAAGCUCUUGGGGAAUAGCAGGACUAUUAAUCCUAACACCAGCCUCUCCUCAAGUUGGAGAGUGUAUAUUGAGCACUCCCAACUUAGACAUGAAUUCAGAGAACAUUGGUGGUUCAAGAGUCUUGGUGAAGAAAUUUGCCAAUUGAUAAUAAGAAGGGAUUGGAAGCAAAUGGAAAAGAUGGGAUAUAUUGAAGCUUCUCAUGAAUUAUGUGAUAUAUCAAUGUCAAUGUGUUUAGUUGAUUCAAGAAAACUAGGAUUGCUUGCAUUGUUCCAAGCUGAUCGGCUAUCACAAUAUAAUAAGGUCGAUGAUGUGAAACAAACCUAAAGAUCACGAAGAAUAUAAGUCAACCAUUGAAUAUCACAAAUGGUAGAAGUAAGGGCACCAUAUUCUGCUUUUGAUGAGGAACGAGGAAUUGUAUUUUGCUUCUUGUAUUUACAGGAGACCAAUGAAAAACCAAGGAAAAUGUAAUAUACUGUAAUUGAUCUCCUAGUGGUGGGCAAGAAGCCCAAUUUGAAUCAUUAAAUGCUUGUAACUAAAGAGUAGAAGAGGAAAAGCAUAA